CGCAUAGAAAGGCCGGCGACUAAAGUGAAAGAAAAAUCCCUCCGACCGUCGUGGGAGCCUGCUGCAUCGGAGUUGAGGGUAAGUUACGCGCCCGAAAUGGGACAAGAAUUAAGCCAGCAUCAAAUCUACGUAGGGCAAUUAAAAGAGGCUUUAAAGACACGGGGAGUAAAGGUUAAAAGUGGUGACUUAUUUAGAUUUUUUGAUUUUGUGAAAGAUACCUGCCCUUGGUUCCCACAGGAAGGAACCAUUGAUAUAAAAAGAUGGCGGAGGGUGGGAGACGCCUUUCAAGAUUAUUAUAAUACCUUUGGGCCAGAAAAAAUUCCUGUAACCGCCUUUUCUUAUUGGAAUUUAAUCAAGGAUCUAAUAGAUAAAAAGGAGGCCGAUCCACAAGUAAUGGCUGCGGUCGCCCAGACUGAGGAGAUUUUAAAGAGAUGAACUCCAACUACAGGCCCCUCUGGACCUUAGUGAUGACUUGCCAAGUAUUCCAG